GUCCAUGCCCUAUGAGUUUGACAUCAGAGUCCCAUUCUACAUCAGAGGACCCAAUGUGGAGCAAGGCAGCAUUAACCCUCACAUUGUGCUAAACAUUGACCUGGCUCCUACCAUCCUGGACAUCGCUGGACUGGACACCCCCCCUGACAUGGACGGGAAGUCUAUACUGAGUUUACUGGAUACAGAUAAACCAGCCAACAGGUUCCAACUUAACAAGAAGGCGAAACUGUGGAGAGACUCCUUCCUGGUGGAAAGAGGGAAGCUGCUGCACCAGCGUGUAGAGGGGAAGGAAGUGUCCCAGGAAGAGAACUUCCUGCCCAAAUACCAACGAGUAAAAGACCUCUGUCAGAGAGCGGAGUACCAGACACCGUGUCAACAGACUGGACAGAAGUGGCAGUGUGUGGAGGAUGCUACAGGGAAGCUUCGGCUCUUCAAAUGUAAGCAUGAAGGAGGAGGGGCUAAGAACCCACAUAGGGGUGUGGCCAAGCGUCUGCGUCCAAUCAGCAUCAAGUCUCAGCUGUAUCAGCGGAAGUCUGGGGCCUGUGACUGCAGCCUCCGACCUCCGAACUUGCGGCCCUCCAUGAUUCGUCCUUUCAACAAGAAAACUUUUCUCUCCAAGAAGAAGUUUAAAGCGCUCAAGACUUUCUCCAGGAAUCGCUACAGCCGGUCUGUUUAUAUGGCAAACAGUUACCCUGGUAACGACAGCUUGGUGGGCAGUGCCUGGAAUAAGCCAAUAAGAACAGACUCUGAGGAAGACUUCAGCGGGAUGGGAGGAGUCCCCAGCAUCCUGGGACAGCCCAGCUCCAUCAGAGUAACACACAGGUGUUCCAUCUUGGCCAAUGACACAGUGAAAUGUGAUACAGGUGUUUACCAGUCUCUACAGGCCUGGAAAGACCACAAACUACACAUAGACCAUGAGAUUGAGACCCUUCAGACCAAAAUAAAGAACCUGAGAGACAUCAGAGGUCACCUAAAGAAGGCCCGUCCUUUUGAAUGUGACUGUAAUAAGUACCUGUAUAAAUCUAAGCUGAAGAAUAAAUUGAGGUCCAGAGGAAGAGGCCUGCACCCCUUCAGGAAGGGGAGCGUGGGAGAUAAAAGGGCUUGGCUUCUGAAGGAGCAGAAGAGGAGGAAGAAGAUGAGGAAGAUGAUAAAGAGGAUCAGGAACAAUGACACGUGUUCGAUGCCCGGACUCACCUGCUUCACACACGACAACCAGCACUGGCACACGCCACCCUACUGGACAUUGGGUCCAUUCUGUGCGUGUACCAGUGCCAACAACAACACUUACUGGUGCCUACGGACUGUCAAUGAGAGCCACAACUUCCUGUUCUGCGAGUUUGCGACCGGCUUCCUGGAAUACUUUGACCUCAACACUGACCCCUACCAGCUAAUGAAUGCCGUCAGUUCGCUGGAAAGGACGGUGCUGAACCAGCUCCACGUCCAGCUGAUGGAGCUGCGAGGCUGCAGAGGACACAAGCAGUGUAACCCUCGCACACGCUCAGUAGAGCAGGGAGGGCGGGAACAUGGCAGCUUUGAUGGCUACAGGCUGUUUGAAAAGAGGAAGUGGCCGAAAGUCAAGAGACCUUCAUCAUCUAGAACUUUAGGUCAAAUCUGGGAAGGUUGGGAAGGCUAAACCAUCUGACUUGCUGCAGCAGCCUUUAGACCCCGCCCACAGCCUAAAAGAGCAGGACAAAUCCGCUGUUGUUGACACCACUACUGCGCUGCUCGGCAACCGUCAUCAGGGCAGCCAUCACCAGGGAACACACGCCCCUGUGUCAUCAGCCAGCCAAUCACCUUCCACCAUCUCUCUGACAUCAUUAGCUCCGCCCACAUUGCUGCUCAGGGAGACGCUGGGACGCGACACUCAACGGACCUCCUCUUCAAACCUGCCCUCUCUCUCUCCUCCCCCCUUCUCCCCUGCCACUCCCUCCUCUGAGGAGGGCAGCUCGGGCUGGGGGAGCCUGGGAGAGGAGGAAGAAGAUGAGGAAGAGGAUAAUGAAGAGGAGACAGAGAGAUAGACGGGCUGUGACUGUAGUCAUCUCAGCCAUUGAACUCCACAGAGAAAUAAAAAUGUAUAACGACCAUCACAUUCUACAGGGGCCAUUUCCAGUGUGCCACCCACACACUGGUUCAGGACGAUUAGGAAUAACGAUCUCUGUGGAUUUGUCAAUCAAUGCCCUAAAGUUACACCGCGCUCUCCUGUCUUCUCCUUCAUUCUUCUCUCCUCUCUUUUCACCUCCAUACUCCUCUCCUCCUGUGAUCACUGUCCUUCAUAAAGACACAUAUUCACCAUUUCCUCUUUCAUCUUCCCUGCCACUGUGUUCCUCCGGGGUAUUUCCCCAGCAGCCAUAUGGUGUAAAACAUUCAUAUUUAAAUUUUCUAACAGUCUGUAAAGGAAUUAAGACAUCUCUGCUCUUCUUGUACUAAACUAAAACUGACAAAGCAGAGACUUAAAACCCUGUGACACCAAUUUCCCACACAAUUGUGAUGUAAUUUCCUUUAUUUUCCUUACUAAUUGGAGUGUUGGUCAUCCAGGUAACCAACAGCUUUACUGACAACAGAGCUACAGUUUAACUAACCAGAUGACUACAGUACAUGAUGCAAUACAGCAGCCAAGACCCAGUCAGAGAAGGACAGCCAAGCUGGUUUAGAAUAAAGAUCAAAGAUGGAGCAGACAGAAAGAAAGACGAUGCUGAGCAGGUAAACUGAAGUGAGUGGGAACUUGUCCCAUAAAAAGGACGCCUAUGAUGUCACCAUUUGACAAGAAACCCAUUGUUUAUUAGGCUUAUUAAGUUUCUCACAGCCUGUUCUUGUUGGAACAACUUGAGGAGAUGAUCCACAACGCCUACAAACUGAUCUAGAACUAUCGUCAAGGUUUCUGUUUCUGUCAGACCACUGAGAACGUGUGUCCACCAGAGACUUGUAAAAAAAAAAAAGGGCUCGCUGUAUUUUUGCUUAGUCUCCUUAUGCCAGGCAGACACUGUACAACUUAAGUAAUCUUGUAUGUUGCGUUAACUCACACUGCACAUUUUAAGCCUACACGUUCUGCAUGGCCAAAGCCUACAAUGUCUAUGCUCACACUGUACAGUUCGAUUGACACGCCACACGGGUGCGCACCCUCAAAGUUUACAUGCAAAACUCCCAAGACUUUUGUCCGUUGACAAUUCCAAUAAAGUUUUAUUCAAACAAUGUGGCCACAUCCUCAAAAACGCUCCAAAGUUUUUACAUUUUAAGACAUGCUCGUGAAGAAGGCUAGGAGAAAGGCGCAGGUUGCAUUCAAAUUUGGAUUGGACCACCAUGGGAAGAACCCUAGUUAAGCUAAUAUAAUAGGCUACUGUUGCCAGAACUUGAUCCAUCUGGUCCCAAUACAUUCAGUCCACUGUACACGCUCUCUCGUUUGGACCAUGUUGUUAUUGCUGGCUCCUGCAGGCGCACGCAGGUAUCUUCGCUCUGAAUUGUGGGAAAUCAGAUCGCGAUACCACUCAAACUGCAAGACAGCCGACCCAAAUGUCUGACGUGCCAGAAAUCCAUCUGAUCACCCAACUGUGCAGUCGUUGAUUGUUUGAGGAUAAG